AUGAAGCUUUCCUUGAUCCUCGCCUCUCUUUUCGCUGGAGCAUCCGCUUUCGCUCCCGCUUCGGACUCUUCCAGCAAGAGUGCUCUGUCUGCCACCAAGGCUGACUUGGAAGCCAUUGCCGCCAAGGCCAACCCCACCUUGAAGUUCUAUGAUCCUUUGAACCUUGCCGAUAAGGACUUCUGGGGCUUUGGAAAUGAAGCCACCAUCGGUUUCCUUCGUCACUCUGAAAUCAAGCACGGACGAAUUGCUAUGUUUGCCUUUGUUGGAUACUGCGUUCAGUCCAACUUUGUGCUCCCAUGGCCACAGACUCUUGCCGGAGCCGCCCACCCAGCUGUCUCUCUCGGACCCGAAGCUCAGUGGGAUGCUGUUCCUGUCGGUGCCAAAUGGCAAAUCUUUGCCGUGAUCUCGGCAUUAGAAUUGUGGGAUGAAUGUGGAGGCGGAUCACUUCCCCACUACAUGAAGGGACGUCAACCAGGAAAGUACCCAUCCUUCCAACCCUUCAGGGAUUCCGUCCACCCCGUUUUGGACCUGUACGAUCCCUUUGGCUUCAACAAGAACAUGUCCCCUGAGACCAAGGAACGCCGCUUGAUCUCUGAAUUGAACAAUGGACGUCUUGCUCAGAUUGGUAUCUUUGGAUUCUUGUGCGCAGACACCGUCCCAGGAUCUGUUCCCGUUCUGGCGCCUAUCGCCAAGGCAUACGCCGGAAACCCAAUGAUCCCCUUCGAAGGACAAUUCUCUUACUUUCAUUAG